AUGACUUAUUCAGAAAGUGAUCGGAAUCAAAUGUUUGACUUUCUUCGUAGUAAAUAUCAGAAUCCGAAGGAUAUUGAUAAAAUUCAUGAAUUUCAAUGCCGCUAUGAUCAAGUGGAUCCUAUUCAAUGGUAUACGAAAGAUUGGUUUCUCUACAGUGACUUAAAUAAAGCAUUACGUGAAUAUGAUAUUGUCUAUUUGUAUGGAAUACGUGUCUUCAUCAAAGAUCUUCAUCAGCAAAUUGUUCGCUCCCAUAUGAAAUCAAAAGAAUCGACGAUUUUGAAACUUUAUCGCGGUAUGAACGUAUCCACAGCUAUUUUUGAUAAAAUGAAGAUAAAAUCGGGGAGACUAUUGUCUUUCAAUUGUUUUCUAUCUACCACAGCUAAUAAUGAGGUUGCCAUGAUGUACGGUGGAGCUCUAGGUAGCUUUCCUCAAAUGACUUCAGUGAUCUUCGAAAUCAAUGUAGAUCACUCAAUAUCUACUCCUGCCUAUUAUGUCGAUGUAAAGGAUAAGAGUCAAUUCAAAGACGAAGACGAGUUUCUUUUUACAAUGGGCAGUGUAUUUCGUAUCCAAUCGAUUGAACCUCUCAAUGACGGUAAUAUUUCGCGCAUCAAAUUACUAUUAACCGAUGAUAACGAUGUGGAACUAACACGACUCACUAGUUUCAUCCGAUCACAGAAAGAGACUCCGGAUGAAUUGUCUUUUAUUCUACUUAUGGCUAUGUGGGGUAAAUACGAAGAGGCCAAAAAGAUCGGUCAGUUAAUGAUUCCAACGAUUUCUCAAGAGUUGAAACCAAUCUUAUCCAUCACAUUGGCAGGCAUCGCUUUGGAACAAGGAAAGAGAGAAGACACAGCUGUUCAAUUACAAUCAGUAUGUGAUUUUUCAGAUGAACGAUCUACUAUUUCAGGAAAUACUAUAAUAACUAGUUAUCGUGAAGCUAUGCUCUGUUGGAUGCAGGGUAAAUGGGAUCUUGCUGUAGAAAAUCUUGAAGCAAUCUAUGACAUAAUAACGUCUGAAGAUCAUCCUCAUCUGGCUCCAACUUACGCUCAUAUCGGUGAUCUAUUGAAGAAAGAGAAAAAAUUUUCUGAGGCACUUAACCAUUAUGGACGUGCUUUGAGUAUUUUACAGCGAUACUUAUCAUCAACGAAUUCAGCACUUCUUGAAGUAUCCAACAUCUUCGUAAAUACGCAUCUUGCUUAUGCCUAUGAAAGCAUUUCUAAUCUUCUGUACAAGCAAGGAGACCUAUGUGGGACACUUGAACACUUGCAACACACAAUGAAGGCUCGACUCCAAUAUCUGCCACCAACUGAUUUAGCGAUUGCGAAACUUCACACCAGGCUGGGUGAUCUUCAAGUCUCUUUACAACGAAAUGAGGAAGCCUUGUCAAAUUUUGAAAGAGCGUUAGUUAUUCAAGCGGCUUCACUACCAGCUGAUCAUUUGGAUAUUGCUGAGACACAUACUAUGAUUGGUAGGAUUCUCUUACGGCAACAAAAAUUCAGAGAAGCACUUAAGAGUUACGAAUGUGCUCUAGAAAUUUUAUUUGAAUCUUUUGCCUCAGCAAAUUUAGCAAAAGAUGAAACUUCGAUUAAAUCUCGAAAUAGUUUUCUCGUUGAUAUUUAUGCUCUUAUUGGUGAUGUCCAUUGCAAGACAAGAAACUUUUCCGAAGCAUAUCAAAACUACGAGCUCGCUCUAGAUAUUCAACUAGAAUGUACAUCAGCAAUGGAUCCAACGACUCACAAAAUUAUUAAAAAAUUGAACUGUGUUCACCGUUUAUUGGUUCGAUUGAUUACAUAG